CAUUUUUCUGCAUUGUAAUGGAUGUGCGGGAAAAUUAUUGACGUGCAUUCGGUGUGUUCGUGUAGCAAAUGAAUGCGGAACUGUUUACAAAAGCAAUUGUUACAUAUCCAGCCUUGGUAAGCCCCAGAGACGAUCUCUGACUAUAUGUGUGAAGUUUCAUAAUAGAUUCAGCAAGCAACAGGAAUAGACCACGGGAACUUCUCGUGCCCACCGAUCGUCGUCACAACACUCUCCCCGUCAACUAAGCGAAUUCCACGGCAGCCUGUGUCACUGAUUAACCCGCUGCUGUGUCGUACUAGACAGUGUUGUUGUUUUUAAUACCCCGUGAACCAGUGCUGAACUGAAGAAACAACCAUGGUUAAGCCAACCAUUAAUCCCGAUGGAGGAUUGAAAAAGGAGAAUCAGAAAGGGAAGGAAAGUGGCCUUGCUGCUUUUGCCGUCAUACCGUUGACAUGCGAGGAGCCUUUCCAGAAACAGGACCCGGCCGAUGUGGUUGCCGUCCCCAUCCGCAGAAAGGCCAAGAUGAGCCUGUGUCUCUGCAUCUCUACAGUCGUAGUCAUUGUGCUGAUCCUCGGUGUCGGAAUGGCGCUAUUCAUGGGACAUCAUGGAGACAGGUACUCUUUCAGAUGUGGUGUAACAUACGAAGACUACCCCGACUAUGACAGGAGUGAUGCUUAUAUGGCAGGCCAGAAUUCAGUGAAUGAGGACAUAGAGGUCGACACAGCCAAGCACUAUGAGAGAAUCGAGAUACCAGAACAACACGAAGUGGAGAAGCUGACUAUCCUACAUGACUUCACUGUGAACAUGACUGCCUACAGACUCUGGAGGUCCGAGGUGUGCUACAUCACAUGGUUGGAUAUGGACAUUGUAAUGGGCCCCAGCGAGUUCAUCAGAAGAGCCGAAGAGAACCCAGAUUUCCUGAGCGAGCACUACGAGUCGGUCUACGAGACCUACCGUGCCGUCCUGCCGGAGUUGGACUCCUUGGCGUACGGCUUUGGUGACUACAUCCCACUCCUCUGCCAGCUCGUUGACACCUACUGGAUCGAGAAGAUACCGGCCGAUGAGUUGGCUGACUGGGAAGCGUUCUGGGAGCGUUAUGACGCGGCCGAGGCUGAUGAUGAAUAUGAAGGCAUCCCAGAGCUUCGCCGUCGUCGAGCCGCAGAAGCUGGUGUAGGAAUUAAGAGCUUGGGCACCAUGGUCACAUCUUUCGCCGGCAAGAUCGUGGAGAAAGUUCGCAUCUUCAACCCCCAGGCAGUUCAAAUGAUGAAGGAGUUGGGGAAACUGAAGGCCUAAGAUGCCUCACAAGAACUAAUUCAAGAGCUAAGUUUCCAGAGCACUGUUGUAAACAUCAGGGGCCAAUUUCAUAGAGCUGCUUAAGCCAAAAAAAAUUGCUUAAGCGGAAACUUCCUUGCUAAGUAAAAUCAGGGUACCGGCCAAGACUCCACACAAUUGUUAUGCUAAGCAAACAACAGCUAAAUACCAGUCACAAGCAAUAUAUAUGCCA